GAGUCCACCUGGGCGUCAAAGUCAUUUGAGUUAAGGGGGCACAUUCACCCCAAUUUCAUCUCAUGUGGACUGGACCAGUAUAUUCCUGCCAAAACUACUCAUCCGUGUCACCAUUCGUUGCGCUUCAGUCCUGCCAAAGUGCAGUUCACAAAAAAGUGAGCAGCGUGAAGCGUGCGUACGAGGCCGAGUUAGCGGACGCUCGCCGGCUUGCGGACGAAGGCGCCCGGGAGCGUGCCCGUCUGAAGGUCGAACUGGAAGAGGCCACGCGCAGCGGCAAGAAGAAGGAUGCGGACCUGGCGGCGGCCGUGUCCCGGGCGAGCGCUCUGGAAAGUCAGCUGAAGCGCAGCGAUGUGACGCUCGCCAUGGCGCUCAGCGUGGACGCUGCGCUCAAGGCGCUGCUGGAUAAGGCGGAGGACGCACACGCCGUCGCCAGGCGGCAGCUGAAGGUCGAGACCUCGAUGCGCGUGGGCUUGGAGAACCGCUGCCAGGAGCUGGAGCUCAGGAAGAACAAGUUUGAGGAGGGUCGGGAGUCUCGGCGCAGACAAGAGCAGAGAAUUGUGGAGGUGGACUCUGGUGCCAGACAGGACUACGAGUUCAAACUGUCCCAAGCUUUACAGGACCUGAGGAAGCAGCACGAUGACCAGGUCACUCUCUACAAGGAGGAACUGGAGCAGACCUUCCAGGCCAAGCUGGACAACGCCAAGGUGUCGUCGGCGAUGAACGACAAGGCCGUGCGCACGGCCAGAGAGGAGCUGCAGGAGUCCCGAAUGAGAAUCGAGGGUCUGGCCUACCAGCUGAGCGCCCUGCAGAAACAAGCGGCCGCCGCCGAGGACCGCGUCCGCGAGCUGGAGGACAUCCUGUCGUCGGACCGGGACAAGCACCGGCGCGCGAUGGAGGCCAAGGACCGCGAGAUGAACGACCUGCGCCAGCGCAUGAACGCCCAGCUCUCCGAGUACCAGGAGCUCCUGGACGUCAAGCUCACGCUGGACAUGGAGAUCAACGCCUACAGGAAGCUCCUGGACGGAAAGCAGCGUAGAGCGACUUCCCGCAUCACCGUUUCCAGGGUGACGGGCUCGUCCUUGUCCCGCACCUCCAAGACGAACCUGCCGAAUGUGGAGUCCGGCAAGCCGACAGAGAAGUUUCUUCUGCGCUCCGGAAAACACGCCGUCUCCAUCGCGCCCGUCCACGCGGACCGAAACUUCAUCACCCUGGUGUGGUCUGCAGACGUGGGCGUGGCCCACAGUCCGCCCUCUGAUCUGUGGAAAAGCCAGGCUUCCUGGGCCACAGGACUUGACAUCAACCACCAGCUUGGCCAACGCUGACGGCGAGCAGGCCAAACGUCGUCCUGAGAGAGCGGCCGCCAUCUUGUGAAACCUCAUCCCUUCCAGCACAGUAUUCAAACGAGAGGCAAGGAUCAAAGUGGCUAAUCAGCAUAGAAACAAUUCAAAAAAUGUUUGAGGUCAUCAAGAGCUUUUAAUGUUGCCCAUUUAUAGGUGUAGGAUUGGCCUGUCAGUAGCUAUGGGAGUUAAGAAGUGAAUUUUCAAUUUAAAACAAAGUUUGAGCGUUAAAUGUUUUUGUGCUUCUUAUAAAAAAAAAAAAAAAAAAUUCAGUUUUUUAAAUUUGGUUUAAAACAGGUUUAGGAUUAAAUUAGGGGCCUGUGUUUCAGUUUCAAACACCCCUGGGGUCUCAACCUGGUUUACGGAUGUAUCUUGUUGUAAUUGACAUGAUUUAAUUAGCUCAUUUAUAUACAGUCAUAUACAGUGGACCCCCGCACAUCUACGGUUUGACAUUCGUGGUUUCACCUAUUCGCAGAUUUUCGGGGGAACCUAUCCCGGUUAUUCACGGAAACCCCUGCUUAUUUUGCCCAAUCCUCCACUUAUUUGUGUGUGUUUUUUAACCUGAUCUCGUACUUAUUUGUGUGUGUAUUUUUAUUGCUUUUUUUUCACGGCAAUUGUAAUGAGGGUCAAAUAUUCACGGCUAUUCGUGGUCAGGCCCGUCCCUAUCCGGUGCGAAUUGCAGGGGGUCCACCGUACAUUAAAAGACAUACAAACUUUUUUUUUUUUAAAUGUAAUUUUCAAAGUUACUCAUUUUGACAAAAAAUACAAAAUAUGAUUACAUAUGCACUGUCCAAGUGUACAUUUUGCACAACUUGCAAG